CGUCGAGAGAAUGAGCACGGAUGGCGACCGGACCAACAUAAGCAUCGGGCGCGCGAGCAUCGAGUUUGCGAGAGCUCCGAGCAGCGCCCGUUGACGUCUCCGCAAAUUUGUUCAUCUGGUUGGCUCCGCUGCUCCGCUGUCUACGUGAAUCUCCGUUCUCGUGGGGUGAUUUUCGGUGCAAUCUACUGCGGAUUUCGUGCACGGAACUAGUGAAAUGUGUCAUCAUGCUGCAGCAUGCCCGCUGCCGUAACCGUCGUCGAGUGGUGGUGCACGUGUGACGAUAUUUUUUUUAUUAACAGAAUAAUAAAACGGAUUACCCUGCUUAAUCAAUCAAUUAAUAAUUAAACGACACAGUCGUUUACUAGUGCGUAGUGUUGAUCUAGUUUGGUGGACAUAAACAAUGAAUUCGUAGUCAACAGAAAAGUGAUAUAUGAAAAUCUGAAGGUUAAAACAUUAAAGCAUGGCAUCACAGUGACCAUUAUGAACUCAUAAAUCAAGACAAAAACUGCAAACGUUGUAAAGCAGACACGAAGAAAUUCAUCUUUAAACUAGUGAAAAAAGUCUAUUUGUCAGAUUAAAGUCCUUGGAGAACUCCCCCCAGGGGGCGACAAAAAAUCAACAUGGCAUCAGUGAGGGAGACGGGCGUAUUCUUCAGCCAGGGCAGCUCGGCCCAGUUCGAGUACGUGCUCGGUCUGUACCCGCAGGUGCUCAAGCUGAAAGCCCAAAGCAAAUGCAAACGACCGGACGAUCUGAUCCAGCUGGACGACUGGUACCAGAACAAGCUGCCCCAGCUGAUCAAGAAACGGGGCAAAGACCGCCACAUCGUGCACGAGGAGCUCGUGAAGACGAUGAAGUGGAAACAGACGCGCGGCAAGUUCUUCCCACAGCUAUCGUACCUGAUCAAGGUGAACACACCGCGGGCGGUGCAGACGGAAACGAGAAAAGCGUUCCGCAAACUACCCAACCUAGAACAGGCGAUCACCGCACUCUCGAAUCUGAAAGGCGUGGGGAUCACAAUGGCGUCCGCUCUGUUGGCUGCUGCGGCCCCCGAAACCGCACCCUUCAUGGCGGACGAGUGCCUGAUGGCCAUCCCGGAGAUCGAAGGCAUUGACUAUACGACACGCGAGUACAAGAACUUCGUGAAGCACAUCCGCACCACGACGGAUCGGUUGAACCGCGAAUGUCAUCCCGAUGAGCGACCGGAAGGGGCAGACGGAGACGAAACCAAAGGGGAAGCGUCCGCCACCGGCACUAACAGCAACAAUAGCAGUAAUAGCAGUAGUAGCAGUAGUAGUAGUAGUAGUAGUAGUGCUAUCACACCAGCAUCGGGGAACAAAUCGACUGCGAAUGACGGAAAUGGAGCAUCGCCUGCGGCUGCGGAUGGUAGCGAAGAUGGUGAGGAUAGUAACAGCUCGUCCAGUGACGGUUCCUCGGCGGAAGUAUCGCUCGCUAAAAACAAACCUAACCCCCCCGGUGCCACAGUGCCCCCGCAGGAAAAGAAAUGGUCACCGCAUCGGGUUGAGCUCGCGCUCUGGACGCACUACGUGGCGAAUGAACUGCAGCCGGAACUGCUCGAGCACAUUCCGGAAGUCGGCGAAAGCAUGCCCACGAGUACGGUCACCGAGAACGAGACCCUGACGAAGACGUCAGCGACAUGCAGUACAAACAGCGCCAACAACCACAAUGCCACAGACUCGACUAUCGAGGCAUCGGUGGGUGGCACCAAUGGGGGACCAACGCGAGAGGAACCGUCGGACGGGAGCAAUGGUGACAUCGGCCAUGGCAAGGGGCAGUCGUCCCUCGGUACAGACGAAUCUUCCAAGGACAACCAACUGCUAAACAACCUCGAUGAUGGUACCGGGGAGGAGGAGUAUAGCGGGGAGAACCCGAAGCAAGACACUGUCAGUAGCAGGCAGGAUGGCCCACCACAGGAGCAAGUUGUGUCUCGCCAAGCAAAUAACAAUAAUAGUACGGCGGAUGAUGAUGGAAGUGAUGGUUCGCCCAGCAAUUCAAAGCGACCGUUGGUGGAUGAUGGAGGAAAAGUAGAUGGAACAGCACCUCCAGUCAGCAAGAAAAGCAAAUUUGGUUAGAAACCACCAGUAAAGCCGGUACGGCUGUCUGGGAAUCCGUUAGACAACAAUGUCAGCAAGCCUGCCACAAUGGCAACACUCUCGAUACCUGUACAAUGGAGUUCCUUGGCUUGAAGAUGAGUUGCUCAUGAGCAGAGCAUAAGUUUGACUAGGAAUAAAGGAAUUGUAUGGAAAGUAGGGUGGUCACAACUUCAUACUGUGGAAUGGCAAAUAGAAAUCAAACGUUGUACAAUAUGUAGCCUACGAAUUAGCCAACUAUCACAGCAUCACACUGACCUGCCACACUGCUGUAGUACGUUAAACGCAUCAAAAUGCUGUCAGUAGAUCCGCUUUAAUCAUACAUUUAGUUAAAAUGACGGAUAGUUUCCUUUCGGAUAGUAAGUAGAUGUGUCUUUUCCUUUCACUCAUUUCAAGUUACUCGACAAUCGACACAUUCCUAUUAAACAAUAGCGCAGCGCAUGAAAUUAUCAUGAUAUCUUCGUUGCACGCGCGAUGAAGGUUGAUCAGCAGCUAGGUCGAAGACUAGCGCAGUAUGUUAUAUGAUGCGCGAUCAGAAAAACAUGUAGAUAAUUGCAUCUGUUUUGUGACCAAAAAAAAUACAAAAAGAAUGAUUUUUUAGAAUUAAUUUGGCACAAUAGGAAAUUGUUUAGGAAGGUAGCAAGACAGUAGGAAUAUAGUUGUAUUGAAUAAUAAUUAUCCAGUAAAAUCAUUUUAUUCAAUUGAGUACCGUCUGUCUGAAACAUAAGACAUACAAAAGCUGCAAUAGUUUCUAAACGUAGUUUAAUAAUGUGUAGUGGUUCUUUUCCUUAUAUCUAUGCAUAACGGUUGUCACUGCUGGUAACUUAACAUUUUUUCCUACUCAUUAUCUUUGUUAAAUAAAAGAAACAUAAUUUAUUUUAUUCAUUCAUGACUACUUACGAAUCGUUAAUUAAUUCUAGUCUCUUACUUGCUUGCAUGAAUAAAUUUAAUUAGCGCAAACGCUGUUUUUAAUCGAAGUAAAACCAGAUUUCACUUAUCCACAUUUAAGCGUCACACAUCUGGUUAGAGGAGCAAUUAAAAAUUACGUUACUAUAUAUUUUCUAGAAAUCACACAAAUGGCACAGUAAACGAGUUAGUAUGAAUAAUAACGCAAAGUAACAAGUUUGUAACUAGAAUUAUACAAAACUCAAUCCCACAUAUUUCGAAACAACCAUUGCUGACAGUAGUUAUGAGGAUGUUUUAGAGUAGCAGGAACAACAUACAUAGGCAUGGAAGUACAAGGAUACAAAAGAUACGGAAGCAUACAGAACAGACAUUCGAAGAUCACAAACAGCCUUUAAAUAGAACUAGGCCGACAGGAUAGUUCACGCAUUAUGCGUCACCAGUCAUAGAGACUUAAAAACUGUUAAUAGUUUAUUCCAAUCCUUUACACAGAUCCACUAACAACAGUGCCAGGAAUAGCUGCUCGUGAAAGACUCAAAUAAAAAUAAUAAAUCAAAACA